GCCUUUUGGCUUUUGCUCAUAAUCAGCUAGAUCUCUUCUUCAUCGCCAAUUGCCAUGGCCGAAGCCGAACAAGUCCUCAUCUUCACCUACGGGACACUGAAACAAGGCCACGGAAACCUCCACCUAACCCAACAUCUCAUCCACCAAAAAGAAGCCGUCUUUUUGGGUCCUCACUUCACCCACCAACCCCACCCGCUCGUCACAGGCCCACACGGCAUCCCCUACCUCAUCAACCUCCCCAGCCAUGGCCACCGAGUCAAGGGCGAGUUAUACUCUGUUUCGGCCACUGGACUUGUCCGACUCGAUCAGCUCGAGGGGACCGGCAUCGGGCAUUACGAGAGGUUGCCGAUUCAAGUGUGUAGAGAAGGAGACGAAGAAGGCGUUUUGGUUGGGGCGGAGGCGUAUUUCGCUCAUAGGAGCUUCGGGGAGAGGCUUUGGGAGAGGAAAGGGAAAGUGGGUUUGAUCGAGUUUGGAGAAGAAGAGGGAAAAGGGUACGUUAGGAUGGAGGAUCAUGGGUUUGAUUUUCUUGGUGAUAUUACUUCGUUUCUUGCCAGUAAUGACUGAUUGUGUUUGGUUUUCUUUUGAAUCGAAUGAUUGUAUGAUUAGUGAAACAGUUUGGUUUUAUGUGAGAAUGCUUCUCUCCCGGCUGUAAUUAAAAUCUUCGGAGGAUCCAAAAGUAUCGAAUCUCCAAUCUCUUCUCUGUCUUAGAACCUCUGGGGAACCAUAAAGAUUAUCUUCUAACAUACCGCCCAAACGAGGACGUGGAGCCUUCACAGUCUUAUCCUUCUAGAAGUCGCAAUCUUUCGACAUGAUCAGUCUGAUGCAUGUAUACUCUAUAAGACGCUAUAGUGAGCGUAUGUACACUUUAAAAUUUACAUUCUAUGUUGUUGUUUAUUUUAUUAAUAGUAUUCACCUUGAAAUUU